GUACGCUUCUGGAUCGGGGCCAUGAAUGUUCCACUUGGGAUGAUUGCAAUGUCUGCCAUGAAUCGGAUAUUCUUUUGGGCAUAUGAUAUCAAACGGCUAAAGAUCCCACCUGUGACUCAACUCAAUUACUCCACUUGGUUUAACAUACCGGACUUUAGUAAUAUGACAAACUACGGCACUGCAACUUCCGCGUAUGCCCAUGGGCGCGCAGUUAUUCUCGGCUUUAUUCUUGGAUUUCUCGUCUUUGUUGAGAUAGCACUUAACAGUAUUGUACCCCUAAGAGGACUGUCGAAGAAGAAAAGCCCAAUCGUCAUUGACCAUUUGUUCACUUGCAUACUUUUCCCCAUAAUGGGCCUUUUCCUUGGAAUGCCAAUUAUGUCCGGUGUGCCAAUACGCACAAUCGCAAACAUGGUUGCCUUGGCUAAGUUGGAAUCCCACCCAGCUCCCGGAAAACCACCAAAGGUGCUUUACCUUGUCGAGACACGUAUUAAUACCCUAAUUGUCGGCGUACUCGUUACCCUGUCUGUAUUUCUGGGCGACAUUCUUCAGUACAUUCCUGUGGCUGCAUUGCUUGGCUUGUUCCUGUUCCUCGGAAUAUUUGGUCUUAAAGGCCUUCAUUUUCGAAAGCUACUCACAGCUAUGGUUAGCAGAAGGAAGUAUUGGUCAGACUGGAAUAAACUAAACGGCAUGCCACGGCCGCAAGUCUUGGUAUUCACAACAAUCUGGCUAGUGGAAUUAGUAAUUCUGUAUACUCUUCUGGUGUUUGGAGAGUACGAAUUUCUGAUGGUUGGCUCAACUGCCAUACCAUUCUUCUUGGUUUUCUGUGGAUUUCUUAGAAAUGUGGUAUUGCCUCGAUGGAAAUGGUUGGCACCUUUCUUAGAAAAGGUAAGCAUUUUUUCAAUAUAUAGCCGAAAGUGA